UUCUCUUUAUUUCGUCAAAGUCUCGGCAAAACAAGAUCUCGCCAAUGAUAAAUUCGAGGAGUUGAAAUUCAAUUUAGUAAGUAUAAUAAUAAUAAAGCCCACGUACUUCAGAAGUGCUGAACUUUUUAAGGAAACCAAAAAUUAGUGAAAUAAAUCCCGGCAACGCCAACCGGGUGUAAUAGUAAUAUUUAUAGAGCGGGGGAGGAAAGGGGGAGCUGUAUAUCAAUCCUUCCGGAAGAAGCAUAGGAGAGGUGGAAGAGAAAAAAAAAUAAAAAAGAAGAAAACUGGGAAGUCCGUGAUUCGCAUUACUAACGGGGAAACUCCGGACUAAAUCUGUCCCCCUUGGUCCAAAAUUGUCUCGUGUAAGCAGGGGUGACACUGCAGCGGAAAUAGUCCCCCAAAACUUCCCUAGUUUCUCUCGCCGAGAGGGAUAAACUUUCUCAUAUUCCUAAUUGAACAAAGAAAUCCCGAAAAGCGAAGAGUACCUAUCUUUAAUGAGCUUCUUUCAAACAUUUGACUGGGCUAUUUCGAAAUGGAAAUUAUUGAAUGGAGUGAAAAAAUAAAAAUAAAAAGACCGUUUGAAUUGCUGACAAUUAAUAUUCGGAGAAGUACUCCAUCGGUAGGCUCUUUCCACUCGAGAUGUUUGAUUUUUCAAGAGAACUCGUCCUGUAAAAUCACUUUGACAUGUCUACAUGUGACCCCAAUUUCGCGACACGCGCGCAUUUGAAAAUAAAAAGUAAAACAGCUUCCGAGAAAUCUAGAGAAAGCUGCUCGAUCGGUUUUACUUUUCGAACCUAUCUGUCGUUCCCCAUUGGCGUACCGAAUUGUUAAAAUAACAAAUUAUACAGCCUUGGUGAGACCAAAAUGGUCAGUAACGGACAGGCAAUUAAUUCCUAAUUAAUUAAACUUUCAAUACCUCGUCAAUAUUUUCUUCGGGAAAUAAAUCUACGAGCACGUAUUGAUUGUUUCUUGCUUCCCUCUUUUCCCAUUACGACUUCUUAAUUGAACGUCUCAGGAAGGCUUUUCACUGGAGAGGAAAAUGAGCGAUGCGACACCUCCUGCGAGUUUCUCCAGAGUGCGGCAAAUCGAUCGGAAAAUUCGUCCACCUGUGCCGAAAGAGAAGGACGCCAUCUUGCCGCCAUCUUAUACGGACAUCAUAUUUCACACUCGAAAUGUUUCAAGGUCUCGAUAUUACUUUACCAGCGGCCACCAACAUUUAGGAAAAGCGAGAAAUGUCAUCGAAGAACGUUCUCCAUUCAAGCUUCCUCCCGAUCCGCACUUAUUUGCAUACGCGCAAUGUUGGAAAGCAUGGAACCGACAAGAUGCGGAAGAAAAAAGAAAAGCAAAUUACAUGACCGGCCACAGUUACAAGACGAAACAGUCGAAGGAUCUUUUGCAAAGACUUCGGUUGGAUGGCUCGACGGAUAGCAAAAUCAUCGCAAUGACUGACGUGGAUCCGCAAUAUUUUACGGAAUUGCGAGGUCGAGUUGUCGGGCAAAAAUUUUCGAAAAGACAAUACGUCGAAGAUACGAGAGAUGUCCUCAGGACUCGGCUUUUGGCCGGCCAGGAAAGAGAUGAGUGCAUCAGGAUCGACCAACAAUUCGAGGAGGAACAGAGAAGACUAGACAAAGUCAAGAGGAAAUAUCGCCGAUACGUGAACGGCUUCGAGGAGUUCCUGUCGAAGGACCACGAGAGGAGCAUGGAAGUUCUCAGCAGAGCCGAAGAAGAGGCUAGAAAAACUGCGGACAUCACCUCCAGGAGGAAUCAGCUGCUGAAGGAGUACGGCCAAGUCAGGCUGGAGGUCUACUAUUGGGAGGAGGCAUGGAGGAUGGUGAUGAUGUGCCAAAAGUUCCUUUAUCAGGUGUCCCCGCUUUCCUGGAGGCUGCAACACGACCAGAUCCAGCUCUCCGAGUCCGGGCUAGACAUGGUGUCCGCAAAAACCGAAGACCUCUUCGACCGAUAUCGAAUGGCAGAAGAAGUGGCGUCCCUGGACUCCCUGAUAGAAAUGUUCCAACAAGAUGUCGCAACCAUUGGUCCCCCUGAAAUGUAUUUCAACGAUCCCAACGACCUGAUCCACGUCUUCAGAGCCAUGGAGCUUCAAAAUCUGAACGCGUUGACUCAUCUCGAGUCUCUUGCAGCACCCAUGGCCGAGAUGGAAGCCACCAUAACCGAAGCGAAAGCCCAAAUUCAACAAGAAAUUAGCGAAAUCGUCGAGGCGAUCGACGAUCUCGAAGCUGCGAUUCAGCAGAAGGAAGAGAGGGCGGCCAAUCUCGAAAAAUACGCCAAUUACCUUCUUCAAGGCGUUUUUCGAGAGCUGGUCUGCUCGGAGCCAGUUUUACAUUUGCGAGUCUUCGUCGAGGACACCUACGAAAACUGCGUGGCGCCGAAUGACGCCAAUCUGGACAGCUUCUCCAUGAUGAAGGCCAUUGAAAAGACGCACGAAGAGCUGAACAUGCUGCUGGACAAUUUGCCACCGGAAGUAGUCGAGGUCUGCGAGCAGGAAGGAUUCAAGCAGGAGAUGAAAGCCAUGAAGGAGGCGGAGAACGCAGCGAAGAAGUUCGAGCUGAUGAACCGACUUCUGACGGCCCUGAAGCGCAUAAUGGAGCCGCCGAAGGAGAAGACCCGUCAAAGAGUGUUCCGUUCGAGUCCGAUUAAGAAGAAGGUGAAACCGAUCCCACCUCCGCCACCUCCGACCACGGAGGAGCUGCAGUACUUAACCUACUUCACGAACUACUGUCCCCAGGACGACCACAAUGCGUUUAGGUCGCGGUUUCCGGACGACUUCGAUUUGUCGUUCAGUCGAAAGAGGCGCGAGGUCGAGGCCGGUCUUCUCCCCGAAGAGCCGGAAAAAGAAGAAGAAGACGCGCCGAUUAUGGAGGACGAGGGAUGAGGAGGAAUAACGAGAAGUUUUACUUGCGUCGCGGAGAUUAAUGUCCAGAGAUCCCAAGAAAUGAAACAAAGAACAAGCCGUCCCUGACGUUAGAUUCGAAGACUGGAGUUAAUUAUUCCUCAGUCGGAAUCAAUGUAUCCUCGCCCAAAUCUAUAUAUAUAUAUAUCCAGUCGGAAAUGAAAUUCAUCGGAGCAAGAAGGACCCUCUGCAAUCCGUCUCCUAAAUCCUCUCCGACACGCCUAAACGCUCUUCACCUAAUCAAACCAUCGGAUACCGAGCCAUUCUCCAGCCAGAGUCGUCCCACUUCCGCCCCGUGGCGUUCUACAUUACCGACGCAAACCUUCUCGUUACCAA